AUGUCAGCUCUGACGCUGCUGGCAUCUUUCCUCUACGUUGGAGGCCAUUUCUUGAGAGGUGGCUCCCCGGCAGCUAGAUGCAGUGGAGUCCAUCUUGCUGGCGGUGGUGUGCAUAUCGAGCCGUGGUAACAGUUUCCCCAGCUGACCAGGUCCCAGGUGACCGCAGCAGAGUUCUUCAGUAUGACCAUGUGGUUUUGGAUUCCCUGGCAUUUUUGGCAUGACUCGGAUGCUGUACUGGGUCACUUUCCAUAUCCAGAUCCUUCCCUGUGGACUGAUGAAGAACUGGGUAUCCUUUCUGAUGAUGAAGACCGAAAGUGUAGCCUGAACUCUUUACAAGAGCCAGGUGAGAAUUUCAAGCAAUUGCAGACUUCAUAUAGUACAUGAAAGUUGUAAAUUAAAGUAUUUUGGUU